AUGCCCACCGCAACCUUCUUCGCCUCGUUCGCUUGGCAUAUUGUAUAUUCCAUUGCUACGCCUACUCCACGCUCCACCACCACCACCACUACCCCCAUCGCCGACCCCGGCUGGAAAGCGGAGCCGAAAGGGCGGGGAACCUUUAGCAUAGUCCUGGGCUCGGUAUUGACUCUUGCUCUAUGUGUUUGGACAGCCAUCCAUCCAAACGUCAAACCGAAUGCUUCGACCUGGGCGAAGGCGAAACAUAGGCUUUUGUUUGUCAUCGUCGGGAUGUUGGCUCCAGAGGUUGUACUCACAGUCGCGUUCUAUGAGUGGCGAGAGGCCCGAAAGUUUCACCGGGAAUGGUGCGAGCUCUAUGGUGUAGAUCCCGGCAGCGACGGAGAUACUCUUCGAAUGGAGGGUGCGUUUUUUGUGACAAUGGGCGGGGUCUCACUUGCACCGGCGUAUACAACGCCGAAAGGCUUCAAAAAUAUUCUCAGCAAGGAAGCGUACCUUGACCUGGCCAAGACGGAGCCGAAUUGGGUUGGAAAGAAGGAUUUUGUGCAUUUUCCUAAUGUUCAGGAUAAGGGGAAAGCGGAAAUUCUGGGGAAGAUUCUAGUCUGUGUUCAGGCGAUGUGGAUGCUUGUGCAGUGUAUGGUUCGGAAGGCCAGCGGCCUACCCGUUACCCUUCUAGAGAUUCAUGUCUCGAUGCAUGUUUUCUGUGCCGUCGGGAUGUACGUCUUUUGGUUCAAUAAGCCGCAGGAGGUGGGCGAGCCACUUCCGCUACCUAUUAGUGACUCUGAGCAGGUAUCCGUUGAGAUUGCGAAUCAACAGGCUUUUCAUGACACCACUCAGCUGAGUUUUGAAAUCGGAACGCAGGGAGCACUAAAAGGUCCUUCUGUCCAACCUUUACCUACGACAAACAGGGUACUGUUUGCUGGUCUUGGACAAGCAGCCCCCACUACGAACGAUCCUACGUGCUUGGUAGUCCCGUACAUGCACGCGCUCGAUUUCGGUGCUAUCCGUAUUGGCUACGCACCAGGAGAACGCGAAUCUAAUAGGUUUCAAGUUAUGAUGGACUCAGAAUAUUUCAACCUUUACAUGAAAGCUGCGUGA